AUGUGUGCUCUUUGUUAGGAGGCCUGCCCUUCUGUGAAGAACAUCCUUCUUCUGGAUUCCGAUGGGAAGCGUGUAGCGGUCAAAUAUUUCUCAGAUGACUGGCCAACAAAUGCUGCAAAGGAGGCUUUCGAGAGAGUUGUAUUCACCAAGACUCAGAAGACCAAUGCUCGCACUGAGGCUGAGAUAGCAAUGUUAGAGAAUUACAUUGUUGUUUACAAAUUUGUUCAAGACCUUCACUUCUUUGUUACUGGAGGAGAUGACGAAAACGAGCUUAUCUUAGCCACAGUCCUUACAGCUUUUUUUGAUUCCGUUGGCACUCUGCUCAGAGGCAAUGUGGACAAGAGGGAAGCUCUUGAAAAUUUGGAUCUCAUCCUAUUGUGCAUUGAUGAAAUUGUGGAUGGCGGCAUCAUUCUUGAGACUGAUCCAAAUGUUAUUGCUGGGAAAGUUGCAAGUAAUAGUAUAGAUUCUGCUGCUCCUCUGUCUGAACAGACACUAACUCAAGCAUUUGCCACAGCAAGGGAGCAUUUUACAAGAUCCCUACUUAAAUGAUCCGUAUGGUUUUUCGCAAUGGAGGAAACAUGUCUGUUGGUCUCUUAGAAACGUUUAUAAGAAUCUCACUUGUUAUUGUAUUCUGAACCUGGAUGAUGAUGACGCUUGAGCUGUGAAAAGUUACUUUGCAUGAGAAUAUAGUUCUAUUUUUUUUUCUUCUUUUUAAACACUUAUUCAUGUGACAUUUGUUUAUUCACCUACCCAUUACAUCUAUGAAAGGACAUUUCAUAUAA